AUGAUCAAUGCUGUAUAUCCCGCUUGGAAUGUUUCCAGUCAAGACUUGGGCAAUUGGGAUCAUUUCUGUUACUCGCAGUACAAUCUACAAUACGACGACAUGAGUGAAAACUUUUUUCAUCACUACCGUGACGACAUACAGCGCAUGAGUGACAUGGGGCUGUCGUCCUUCCAGUUUUCUAUCUCUUGGUCAAGAAUCAUGAUCUGGAAUGCAGAAACAAGGAGAAUGGAGCCCAAUCCUCAAGGCCUUACGUCCUAUCACGCUUUACUUGACGAUAUGCAGGCAAAGGCACUGCAACCAAUUGCAACACUCUACCAGUUCAAUCUACCGUUAAUGUUGCAGACAAAACUGGAGCCAACCGGCUGGCUGAAUCCAGACAUUGUAACACACUUUGAAGACUUUGCGGAGCUAGCGUUCCGAGAAUUUGGAAAAAAGGUCAAGUACUGGGCCACAUUUGACGAGCCGUUGACGUUCAUUAGCGGCAAGUACGGCUCGCGUGAUGUUGUUUCUGGCGCAAAGAAGCCGUCGGACAUGAAUAUAUACACGGUGGCACACAACGUGCUGCUGUCACAUGCUAGAGCAGUAGCAGUUUUCCGUGCAUUGAAAGGAGAUGAAAGGAAUGUCAUCGCUGCUGGUGCUCGCAUUGGCAUCAUGUUGAGUACCGAGUUCGGCUACCCGCUUGAUGAGUCAGACGCUUUGAACGCGGAAGCGGUAGAGCUGGAAAUGCAGUUCAGCCUCGGUUGGCUUUUUAAUGCCGAUUGCUACUGGUGA